AAUAACAACAAAAUUCAAUUAUAUUUGAUUAUUCCAUCUUUUCAACCACAAGAAGAAGAUCAAUUUGAAAAUGAUCAAUUGUUAGAAAACAAAUCUUUAUUAAAAAGAGCUAUUUCUUUGGUAAAAGAUGGAAACAAUAGUAAAAUACAGUCAGAAGCAUUACCUGAUUUGGAAUUACCAAAUAUUGCAAUGAUUAACAUCAUGGAAUUUUUAUUAAAAAUUCUAGAGGAAAAUUUUAAUUGGCUAGUUUAUAAUUUAUGCAUUAGAAAAAAAAUUUAUAUGAAGAAAAUUUUGACAAGAGCUUUAUUAAAUGCUCAUAUGAGACAAACCGUAACAUCAAGAUGUCCUGUAUUCUCCAGUUUGUUGACCGCACUCGAAGCGAAUCCCAUCCCACAUUCAGAUGUCAAUGCUUCAUUAGAGGUUGAAGUCAAUGCGAUACCUCUUUCGAACGCUGAAAACUCAGUAGAAAUUCCGCAAGAAGAAAUGGAAUGA